GUCAAUCUAUAUUAUACGGUACAUUAUCGCACACGACGACCAGCAAAAGCAGCGUACGCUUGCAGGGCUUUCUUCCGCUUGCUUGCUCACUCCUCGCCCUAUCUAUCUCUUCCCAGUGAAUCGAACACCCCACAUCAAAUCAUGGGUUGGUUUUGGGGCGGCUCGAACCAAGACGACCCCGUCAAAAAGCUUGACCCGGAGCUGCGGGAUUUCCUCGAACAUGAAGCCCCCAAGAAAUACGUGCCCACGAAUGCGAUUCCGUCCGUCCACGAGCCUUCAAAGACAGUCGAGACAGCGGUACAACCGCCCUCGUCGGAGAGUGCUACGCCCUCGGAGCCUGCAGUCCCCAAUGCCUCCCUCUUCCCGGACGGCCGCUAUGCCCACCUCUGGAAGACCUACAAGCCACCCCAGGAGAAGGAACAGUCCGAGAUGAAAACCGCCGAGCGGGUGAUCGAGAAGUACAAACAGCGCGGUGAUACCGUGCAUCGGGCGGCGAUGGAGAACUGUGCGUUGGAACAGGAAGACUGGGCCAAUUGCUUCCGCACCGGCAACUGGCAGAAGCAACUGAAAGCCCGUGCGACCAUGUGCUCAGACGAGAACUCUAAGUUCUCUCGUUGUUUUACCACCCAGGCUAAAUUUCUCCAGGCCUUGGGCUACGCCUCUUCCUUCGAGUGGGACGCGGAGAGAGAAGAGCGGAUUCAGAUGCACGCGGAUAAACUCUAUCACGAGAUGUUGGACUACGAAACCCGGGUGGAGGAAGCACAGAAGGCCGGGCUGGAACCUCCGCCGCUCACCUCGCUCUUUAACCCCCAAGCACCGCCGCCGCCGAGUCCCGCCGUUCCCACCAAGAAGACGCUGGAGAUUCCCGGUGGGGAGGCCAUCCCUACCGGCUUGAAGCCAUCGAGGCCUUUGGAGAAGCUCACGCCCCACGAGCGGGAGCUGGAGAUCCGGGCGCACAACGCACAGUUGGAGCAGCAGAAACUCUACGUGCAGGAGGCGACGCCGUUCAUCAAGAGCCAGGAUGAAGCCCGUUCGAAGCGACGAGAGAAGGCUACGAGUUGGUUUGGCGAGACGAUCGGUCGCUGGGUCACCUGAAACAUCGAGUAAUUUGUCCUCAAUUCUGAUGUAUAAUAUGAUUGUUACCCCUCUUGGCUUGACUUUUCCGGGGGAGUUUGUGAGUAGUUAUCAGCGAUACUUUCGAAGUUGAACAGUAGGCAUUG